AUGGAAGACGCGCAGAAGCACAAAAGAGCCCUCAAAGAAGCAGCGGAUAAGCUCGUAGAAGGAAACAAGGGAAUACUCGCGAUUGACGAGAGUCCUUCCUCCAUGGAGAAGAAAUUUGCGCCGCUGGGGAUUUCCAACACAGAGGAGAACAGAAGAAGAUAUAGAGAGCUUCUUCUGACGCCUCCCCGCGAGAUAUCUUCGUGCUUGAGCGGAGUAAUUCUCAACGAAGAAACCUUCCAGCAAAAAGACAAAACCGGGAAACUUUUUGUCCAGCACAUCCUCGACCGAGGAAUAUGCGCAGGCGUGAAACUGGACAAGGGCCUGCUCCCGCUGAACGACUCCGAGAAAACAAGCACGGGACUGAGCGACUUGGCCGAGCGAUGCGUCAAGUACAAAAACCUCGGGGCUUCUUUUGCGAAGUGGAGGUCCGUGUUCACGAUACAGAGCGGCCUGCCCACGGAGGAGUGCAUUUUCAAAAACUGCGAGAUCCUUUCAGAGUAUGCGCUCGUCUGCCAAAAUAACGGCCUUGUUCCCGUGAUAGAGCCGGAGGUCCUGUUUUCAGGGUCGUACUCCGCUGAGACCUGCGAAGUCGUUACAUCCUCUGUUAUUUCGUGCUUGUUCUACCACGUGAACAGGAAGGCCGUUUACGUGCCAGGGCUCAUCAUAAAAACGGGAUUUGUAACGGCCGGCUCUGAGGGCCAGCAGCAGGGAAUAGCAGAAGUCGCGUGCGGGACACUUCGUGCGCUCAUGGACUCUGUGCCGCCCUCAGUCCCGGGGAUCGUCUUUCUAAGCGGAGGACACCCGGAGGACGUUUCCGUUGAGUACCUGAAAGAGGCCAGCCGCGUGCGGAAGGAAAAAAAGGCUCCGUGGAAGAUUUCAUACUCCUUCGGAAGGGCGCUGCAGGACAGCGUUUUGGCGGAGUGGAAAAACGAAGACGAGAUGCAGGAAAGCGCGCAGGCGAUGCUUCUUAAGAGGGCCAAGCUGUGCUCAGACGCCGUGCAAGGAGAUAAAUAA